AUGGUGGCUUUAUUUGUUAGAUAUUUCCUCAUGAACUUCUAUCAGUUUAUAAUUUAUUCCUCCCUUUUCUACCCGGAGUCUUCCUUUCUUUCCUCGUCCUGUAAGCUGCUGAGAACGUUUUACCUCAAUGGUCUGCAAAAGCCUGGCGACGUGAUCCUGGGCGGGCUGUUCGAGGUCCACUACAGCUCCGUCUUUCCUGAGCAGACCUUCACCUCAGCGCCACAUCCGCCCAGCUGCCAGGGGUUUGAAACUCUAGGGUUCAGACAUGCUAUGACCAUGGCUUUUGCGGUUGAGGAGAUAAACAAGAACCCCAGUCUGCUGCCAAACCUGACCCUGGGAUACAGCCUUUAUGAUAACUGUGCCACUCUUAGCAUUGGGUUCAGCGCUGCCUUGGCAAUGGCCAGCAGGCAGGAGGAGCGGUUUUCGAUUCAAGAGAGCUGUUCAGGAACCCCUCCAGUUGUGGGAAUUGUUGGUGAUCCUUUUUCCACGUUUUCUAUAGCUGCCUCAGACGUUUUAGGUUUGUACAGGCUGCCUAUGGUGAGUUAUUUUGCCACGUGUUCUUGCCUAAGCGAUCGCCAGCGUUUUCCAUCUUUCUUCAGAACAAUCCCAAGUGACGCUUUCCAGGUCCGUGCCAUGAUUCAGAUUCUGAAGCACUUUGGCUGGACCUGGGCGGGCCUCCUGGUCAGUGACGACGACUAUGGCCUUCAUGUUUCCAGAUCAUUCCAAACUGACCUGACUCGAUCGGGCGGCGGCUGUCUGGCGUACACGGAGGUUUUACCGUGGGGAGACAAUCCGAGGGAAUAUAAAAGGAUUGUUGGUGUUAUGGCAAAGUCCACGGCACGCGUAGUGAUUGUGUUUGCACAUCAGAUGCACAUGAUCCAACUCAUGGAACAGGUGGUGAAGCAGAAUGUGACAGGGCUGCAGUGGGUUGCCAGCGAGGCCUGGACGUUACUGGAAGGCCUCCAGACCUCUGCUUUCACGUCGUUUCUUGGUGGAACUCUGGGGAUCGCUGUCCGUCGCGGAGAAAUACCAGGACUCAGAGACUUCCUGCUGAGAAUUCAUCCUGACCAGCACAACAUCUCAGAAAAUAGCAUGGUGAAGCAGUUUUGGGAGCACACGUUUCAGUGCAAGUUUCCGCUGCCUGCAGCAGGUUUGGCAGAAGACGCUGGAGCUCAAUGCACCGGACGAGAAGACCUGAACAGUGUGACUACUGACCUGCUGAAUGUGUCAGAACUCAGGCCUGAGUAUAAUAUUUACAAAGCUGUGUACGCGCUGGCACACGCUCUUCAUGACAUGCUGAGCUGCAUCCCAGGGCGAGGGCCUUUCAGAGGGAACAGAUGUGCGUCUUUGCAAACAUUAGAGCUCUGGCAGCUAAUGCACUACCUGGAACGGGUCAACUUCACCACACCGUUUGGUGACCAAGUCACGUUCGAUGAAAACGGCGACGCAUUACCAAUAUACGAUAUAAUGAACUGGAUUUGGCUGCCCGACGGAACAAUUAAAGUUCAGAGUGUCGGGGAGGUUCAGAGGUCUGCGUCCAAAGAGGAAGAACUCACAAUUGAUGAAGUCAAAAUCUUCUGGAACUUUGAAUCUAAAAAAUCGCCCAGGUCUGUGUGCAGUGACAGCUGCCCCCCAGGAACGCAUAUGGUGAGGAGGAAAGGAGAGCCUCUGUGCUGUUUUUAUUGUGUCCCGUGCUCUGAAGGAAAGGUCAGCAACAAAACUGACUCCUUGGAGUGCUUUAAUUGUCCUGAGGAUUUCUGGUCCAGCCCCCAACGAGAUCACUGCAUUCCUAAGAAAACUGAGUUCCUCUCCUAUCAGGAACCUCUGGGUGUCUGUUUGACAGUGACCUCGUUGCUGGGAACGUCAAUCUGCGCGGUCGUUCUGGGGAUCUUCACCUACCAUCGCGCCACACCCAUUGUACGAGCCAACAAUUCAGAGCUGAGCUUCCUGCUCCUGGUGUCGCUCAAGCUGUGCUUCCUGUGUUCGCUGCUGUUCAUCGGACGACCCAGACUGUGGACAUGCCAGCUGAGACACGCUGUAUUUGGGAUCAGCUUUGUGCUUUGUGUGUCCUGCAUCCUGGUGAGAACCAUGGUGGUUCUGGCUGUGUUCAAAGCCUCUAAACCAGGAGGUGGCACCUAUCUAAAGUGGUUUGGUGCUGUGCAGCAAAGAGGAACGGUUUUUGCUCUCACUUGCAUUCAGGUAGCAAUUUGCACCGCCUGGAUUGUCACCGCGUCACCGGCACCUCAUAAAAACACUCAGUACCACAAUGACAAGAUCGUCUACGAGUGUGUCGUUGGGUCCAUAAUUGGUUUCAGCGCUUUACUGGGUUAUAUCAGUGUACUCGCCAUCCUUAGCUUUGUGUUAGCAUUUUUGGCACGAAAUCUUCCAGACAACUUCAACGAGGCCAAACUCAUCACGUUCAGCAUGCUGAUCUUCUGUGCUGUGUGGGUGGCCUUUGUUCCUGCUUAUAUCAAUUCUCCGGGCAAAUAUGCAGAUGCAGUGGAGGUGUUCGCCAUCCUGGCCUCCAGUUUUGGCCUUUUGGUGGCGCUGUUUGGACCUAAAUGUUACAUAAUUCUGCUGAGACCAGAAAGAAACACAAAGAAAGCCAUCAUGGGUCAUAGAACUACAAAAUGUUAAAUAGCAGCUUAUGUACAAUUUAUGUUAUCGCUGCAGCCUGUUAACAAAGACAGUGGAAUUAUUCAUCUCUAACUCAUUCACUGAAACUUAAAAACAUUUGUCAAUAGCAUUGUUUGGUGUGGUAUAUACAAAUAUUUACUGUACUAAUAUAUGAAAA